GGGAGUUCCCGGCAGGCCCCGCGCCGCGGCUGCGCAGUGCGGGGAAGGCUUUUAAUUCCAUUGUGGAGAGGACGGCGUUAUUUUUAUUAACCGGAGGCGGCAGCGGCGGCGGCGGCGGCGGCGGCGGCGGCGGUACCCCAGGCCUCGUCCGGGGCAUGAAAGUCGGCGGCGGGCUCCUGAGCGGCGGCGGCGGCGGCAGCGGCUCCGGCCCCGGCGGGCGGGCCGAGAUGGAGCCCUCCUUCCCCCCGGGCAUGGUCCUGUUCAACCACCGGCUGCCCCCGGUCACCAGCUUCACCCGGCCCGCGGCGGCCGCCCCCCCCGCGCCGUGCGUGCUGCCCCCCGCGGCGCCGGCCGCCGAGCCCCCCCCGCCGGCCCCGGACAUGACUUUCAAGAAGGAGCCGGCGGCGUCGGCGGCCUUCCCGGCGCAGAGGACCUCCUGGGGCUUCCUGCAAUCCCUGGUGAGCAUCAAGCAGGAGAAGCCCGCCGAGCCCGACGAGCCGCAGCCCCACCACCACCACUACGGGGGCCUCUUCGCCGGGGCCGAGGAGCGACCCCCGGGCCUGGGCGGCGGCGAAGGGGGCGGCCACGGCGUCAUCCAGGACCUCAGUAUUCUCCACCAGCACGCCCAGCAGCAGCAGCCCGCCCAGCACCCCCGCGACGUGCUGCUCGGCGGCGGCAGCAGGACUGAUGACCACCCCGGCGCUGAGGAGCCAAAGCAGGACACUCACGUCAAGAAGGCGAAGAGGCCAAAGCCGGAAUCUCAGGGAAUCAAAGCCAAGAGGAAGCCCAGCGCAUCUUCCAGAUCUUCUCUGGUCGGAGACGGAGAAGGCGCCAUCCUCUCCCCGAGUCAGAAACCUCAUAUCUGCGAUCACUGUAGCGCUGCUUUCAGAAGCUCCUAUCACCUGCGGAGGCACGUCCUCAUCCACACGGGAGAGAGGCCCUUCCAGUGCAGCCAGUGCAGCAUGGGCUUCAUUCAGAAAUACCUGCUGCAGAGACACGAGAAGAUCCACAGUCGGGAGAAGCCAUUCGGAUGUGAUCAGUGCAGCAUGAAGUUCAUCCAGAAGUACCACAUGGAGAGACACAAGAGGACGCACAGUGGAGAAAAGCCAUACAAGUGUGACACUUGCCAGCAGUAUUUCUCAAGGACGGAUAGGCUGUUGAAGCACAGGCGCACGUGUGGUGAAGCCAUAGCGAAAGGAGCCGCCAGUGCAGAACCUGGGUCAUCAAACCAUAACAACAUGGGUAAUCUGGCUGUGUUGUCUCAGGGAAAUACAAGUUCUUCAAGGAGGAAAACGAAGUCAAAAAGCAUAGCUGUUGAAAAUAAGGAACACAAGACUGGUAAAACAAAUGAAUCACCAAUUUCCAAUAAUAUCAACAUGCAGAGCUACUCCGUAGAAAUGCCUACUGCGUCUUCCAGCGGAGGCAUAAUUGGCACUGGGAUAGAUGAAUUGCAGAAAAGGGUGCCAAAACUGAUCUUUAAGAAAGGAAGCAGAAAGAGUACAGAUAAAAGCUACCUUAAUUUUGUGUCACCAUUGCCAGACAUAGUUGGACAGAAGUCCUUGUCUGGGAAACCAAGUGGCUCACUUGGCAUAGUAUCGAAUAAUAGUGUGGAGACCAUUAGUCUUCUCCAAAGUACAAGUGGAAAACAAGGUCAAAUAAGUAGUAAUUAUGAUGACGCCAUGCAGUUUUCAAAGAAAAGAAGAUAUUUACCAACUGCCAGCAGCAACAGUGCCUUUUCCAUAAAUGUGGGACACAUGGUCUCCCAGCAGUCCGUCAUUCAGUCUGCAGGUGUCAUUUUGGACAAUGAGGCCCCAUUGUCACUUAUUGACUCCUCAGCUCUAAAUGCUGAAAUUAAGUCUUGUCAUGACAAGUCUGGAAUUCCUGAUGAGGUUUUACAAAGUAUUUUGGAUCAAUACUCCAACAAAUCAGAAAGCCAGAAAGAAGAUCCUUUCAACAUAACGGAACCACGAGUGGAUUUACACACCUCAGGAGAACACUCAGAACUGGUUCAAGAGGAAAAUUUGAGCCCGGGCACCCAAACGCCUUCAAAUGAUAAGGCGACCAUGUUGCAAGAAUACUCCAAAUACCUCCAACAGGCUUUUGAAAAAUCCACUAAUGCAGGUUUUACUCUUGGACACGGUUUCCAGUUUGUCAGUUUGUCCUCACCUCUCCACAACCACACUUUAUUUCCAGAAAAACAGAUAUACACUACAUCUCCUUUGGAGUGUGGUUUCGGCCAAUCUGUUACCUCAGUGUUGCCAUCUUCAUUGCCAAAGCCUCCUUUUGGGAUGUUGUUUGGAUCUCAGCCAGGUCUUUAUUUAUCUGCUUUGGAUGCUACACAUCAGCAGUUGACACCUUCCCAGGAGCUGGAUGAUCUGAUAGAGUCUCAGAAGAAUUUAGAGACUUCAUCAGCCUUCCAGUCCUCAUCUCAGAAAUUGACUAGCCAGAAGGAACAACAGAAAAACUUAGAGUCCUCAACAAGCUUUCAGAUUCCAUCUCAGGAGUUAGCUAGCCAGAUAGAUCCUCAGAAAGACAUAGAGCCUAGAACAACAUACCAGAUUGAGAACUUUGCACAGGCAUUUGGUUCUCAGUUUAAGUCGGGCAGCAGGGUGCCAAUGACCUUUAUCACUAACUCUAAUGGAGAAGUGGACCAUAGAGUAAGGACUUCAGUGUCAGAUUUCUCAGGGUAUACAAAUAUGAUGUCUGAUGUAAGUGAGCCAUGUAGUACAAGAGUAAAGACACCCACCAGCCAGAGUUACAGGUAAGGUCCCAAAAGUGAUCAGGCUGGAGGUCUUCUAAUGUAAUUUUGUUUUAUUUUGAGAACACUGCCAUUGGAAUGUUUCUACACGAUCCUAUUAAGAAUAAUGUAAUGCCCUUUCAAUGCAACUUUUCAUAUUUAGUUUAUUUUGUUAGUGUGAUUUUAGCUCUGUUUGUAUUAUGAUUUUUAAUCAAAAUCAAUAGAUUAAAAAUAGUUUGACAUUCAAAGUGACAACGUUUAGCAAUCAAAUUUACGUGUAUAGAUCGUCAGGGAAUAGCCCAAAAGUUAAAUGCAAAAAAAAAACAAAACAAAAAAACCCUACAAAAAAACAAAACAAAGAAAACACACAAAAAAAACUUUGUUGCUAGGAUUAAGGUUAUUCUAAUUGCUUUACUCUCAGGAAAGUGUAAUAACGCAUGGGAAUUCUGUACGUUAUCGCUGUAAUGGAAUAUCCAAUUUACAGAUAGUAUGAUAUGCAUUUCAUCAUUUAAGUAAGGGAUCGAAAACAUUUCAAAUUGCUGUCUCCACCUGGGCUGAUCCAAAAUUCUGAGAUGUUGGCUACCUAUAUUUUGUUGCAGCUUUUAAGUGUACUCUGAACUUCCAGACCAAUUCAUUCCAGCCUGGUAGAACAAAUGUUCUUGGAUCUUUGAUCAAAGCCUGGAAUGAUAGCUUUAAUAAAAGAAGAAGAAGAAAAAAGCACCCUCUCCUUGUCCCGACUGUAACAAGGCUGUACUUCCAUUAAGAUCUACUGACAUCUAGCAUAGUGUUGAAACCCAAGUGGUUGGUUGGUUUCAGUAUUGGAACCCAGGUUGGAAUUACAUGAUUCUUUGAAAUUUGGGGUAUGUGGUAUUUAUUAUACAUGGCCUAAAAACAUUGUUCUCUUGUCUGUGCUUUUACAUAUCACCCACACUUCUGCUUUUUUUUUGUUCUUAUUCUUAACCUGUCCUCUUUCUUCUAGUUUUGGGCCUUCCUUGUUCCCUCUUCUCCAUAUCUUGACAGUUUCAAUUUUAGAAUGGUUUACAUUCCAGUAGAUAAUUCAUUAUGCAUUUUAUAUGCCUUAUGGCAUCCAAAUACUAAACAAUAGGAUAAACAUCCCCUCUACCUUUUUUAAAAACAAAACUCAUACAUAUUUCCAUGUAUAAUAAAACCCCACGUACUCAGAGCUAUAGAUAUUAAUAAGGUGGUAAUUCCAACUGCUGACAUAGCUAGUGUGAGGGAUCAGAGUGUGUCUGUAUUUAGUAAUGACAUCAGAACCUCUUUGUGAAAUGGCAGCCUUUAAUGUACAUUUUAAAAGGGUGCAUUAGUCAGUAUUGUACAGGGGUCUUGUAAAGUCAUCAAAACUUGCUAUGAACGCUAAUUGCCGUUUGAAGCUACUGGUAAACAGUGGCUCUGCUCUAAACCACUUUUUAGCAAUUGUAUUUUUUUCCUGAUUAUAUUUUUUAAUGUACUUUGAUGUUUAUGCUGAUGAGUUUUUUAUGUACUUUUGGUGAUGUUUCAGUCUUAUGUACUCUUCUGACGUCAGAAAAGUACCACUGGUUGUUUGCAGUCUUAUUGUGUAAUCAGCCUACCACAGGCUUCCAUGUAUAAUAAAGUAAUUAAUAUUGUGCAAGUGUAAAACACUUCUGUUAUGAAAGCAGUGUUUGGAAAAUAAGAAAUUAUUAAAAAUGGUUACAAAAUACUAGUUAAUUUCCUCUCCCCGCUUUCCCCCCUUAAGUCUGCUUUACUAGCUGAAGGGUCACCUAUUUGUCAUUGCAGGAUUCUUAGAAAAUGUGUUUAAUCCUCCUAAAUACAUUCAGUACUAAAAAGUCUGUAUUUCUUACUUUGGUAAGUCCGGUAAGUUCUGUUUGGUACAGAGUACAAGCUGUAAUCAAAGGAUGAAGAGGACCUUUACCACUGUAUCUCUUCAGCUGUAUGAUUUUUCUCCAGUGUUUUGUUUUCUACAGGUUUUGAAUUUCUUUAACUUUUAUUGUGUGUACUGAAUACUGCAUAUGUAUUAUUCUGAUUGUUUGCUCUAGUUUACUACCAAUAAAAGACCUGUUAAUCACAAAA